AUGGCUAGGCCUGUCGAAAGAAUAGCAGAGAUCAACUAUGGAAAAGAGCUUUGGAAGAUUGCUGUUAGGAUUCACCACAAAUGGAAUGUUGUGUCUAACAACAAGGAACAUUUUGAAAUGAUCUUUAUUGACAAAUUGGGUGAUGAUAUUCAUGCUGGUGUUCCAACACCGCAUGUGUCGGUGUUCAACGAAAAAAGCCUAUUAGGGCAUACCUAUACUGUAUCAAAUUUUAAGGUAGUGCCUUAUGUUUUGGCCUUCAAGGCAUCAGUACACAAAUAUAUGGUAAAGUUUACUGCUGGAACAUCUGUCAUUGAUGAAGACAAACAUGAGAUACUCCCGAAACCGACUGUGUUUACAAGUUUUUCAGACAUCAUAACAGGGAAGUUUGUCAAAGAUGUCUUGCUUGAUGUCAUUGGAAUGGUCGAUAGUAUUGGUUAUGCACAGACUGAGUCUGGUGCAAAGAAACAACAAAUUAGCAUGGUGUUGCGUGACCACAUCAACAACAUGUUGAACUGUACUUUAUGGGAAUCAUAUGCGGACCAGUUCAUCAGGUUUAACAAAGAUAGGGUUGAUGCAUCAGUUCCUACAAUUGUGUUGCUUCAGUAUGCCAAAGUGAAAGAAGAAGGAAAGUAUCCUCUGUUCGUGACAAACACCUACAAUGUGACCCUUUUAUGUGUUGAUGCUGAUUUCCCUAUCAUGAAAGACUCUAUAGAAAGGUAA